AUGAAUCAACGAACAACUGUUGCAGUUCGCACACCUGCCGGAUACUCAACAGCAUUCGAGGUGAUAACUGGAGUAAGACAAGGGGCAGUGGCAGGACCCUUCCUGUUUAACUUCGCUAUCGACGACAUCAUGCGAAGAACAGUCGAUCAGUCCUGCCGAUAUCGUCCCAGCCGUCAGGGUGUCUCUUCACUGAGCUCGAGUACGCCGACGAUAAUGUUAUAUUCGCGAAAAGCACUGCGAAACCUCAACAUGUUGUCAACCUUGUAUCGAAGUUGGCUGCAGCCUAUGGAUUACAUCUUCGCCCCGAUAAAUGCAAGCAGAUGUGCAUCUCUUCGAAACUUCGAACAGAAAUCAGUGUGGACGAGCAAUCAAUUGAACUCGUCGAUGAGUUCUGUUACCUAG